GGUCCAGCUUCAUAUCCCAUUCCUUGAGAAGAUUCUGGUGAAUGCGUAGAAAAGGAAAAUAAAGAAAUUAGCGUGAAAAAUGUUGGGUGUGUUCAGCAGCUCCAUAGUGUCGCCGCCGGAGGAGCUCGUUGCCGCCGGCAGCCGUACACCGUCGCCGAAGAUGACGGCGGCGGCGCUGCGGAAGUGGUUCGAGGAGAAGAACCCCUCCGCAGUGUCGGUGGAGGUCGGAGAGCAUGUCCAGCUCGCUUAUACCCACCAGAACGAGUCGCCGUUUCAGCCCAGAUCCUUUGCUGUGAAGGAUGAGGUAUUCUGCUUGUUUGAGGGAGCCCUUGACAAUUUGGGCAACUUGAGACAACAAUAUGGAUUGGCCAAGUCAACCAAUGAAGUAUUGUUGGUCAUUGAGGCUUACAAAGCAUUGCGUGACAGAGCACCCUACCCUGCUAAUCACGUUGUUGGCCAUCUCAGUGGGAGCUUUGCUUUCAUAGUUUUUGACAAAUCUACUUCUACCCUCUUUGUGGCCUCUGAUCAAUAUGGUAAGGUACCUCUAUAUUGGGGAAUUACUGCUGAUGGCUACGUAGCAUUUGCCGAUGAUGCAGAAUUGCUUAAAGGUGCUUGUGGCAAGUCACUUGCUUCUUUCCCUCAAGGAUGUUUCUACUCUACAGCUGUUGGAGGAUUGAUGUGCUAUGAGAAUCCUAAAAAUAAGAUUACUGCAGUUCCUGCUAAUGAGGAGGAAAUCUGGGGAGCGACUUUCAAGGUGGAAGGGCCAGCAGUUGUCGUAGCCAGACAAUAGAUUUUCCUUUCUGCUGGUGAGAUGCCAUAUGAUGAUUAGUGGAGGAGACUGUAAAAGGCAUCCAUGAGGGCCAAUGUAAUUAAAUGGCAUGGGGAGUGAUCACUGGAAUUGGGAAAUAUUAGGGGUGUAACUUUGUUCAUUAGAUAGAGAAUUUGCUGUUUCUAUCAAUGUACAGUUACGCUUUUCAAUCUAAUAAAGUCUGGUUUUGGAUUCUCUA